CCUGCAGUCUGUACUAAUCCUACAUGUUGUGGCUGUGCGAUUUCCUCUUUGAGCGGCCGUAAAAUUUCUGCUCUACAAGCUUGAAGCUUGAAGGACGUGCAACAUUGCACACCACCAUGGCGGAAUACGAUCUAUCGAAAACGAUAAUACCCUACCUGGAUCGCCACCUGGCGUUUCCAUUGUUAGCCCAUCUGGUCGAAACUUCGCUCUUCCCGGUCGAGCAGGUUCAAGCAGCACAGUAUGAACUUGCAAAGGGCACGAACAUGCUGGAUUAUGCAGUCAGCUUGUUCGAGCAGCUACAUCCUGAUGAGGAGAUCCCCGAAGAGUUCUCGGGGAAACGAGAGAAGGCUAACCCAGAUGUUGCACAAGCACUGCGUCAAGAUAAAAAUCAGAAUUUGCAGUACCUAAAAGAUAACUACAACCUCACCCUCGAACAAAUCACUGUUUUAUAUAACUUUGGGCAGUUCCAAUAUACCUACGGCAACUACAGCGGUGCUGCAGACUAUCUGUAUCAUUUCCGUGUACUUUCAACCGAUAACGAUCUCAACACUUCUGCACACUGGGGCAAACUCGCAUCCGACAUCCUCACUGGAAAAUGGGAGACAGCUCUCGAAGAGUUGAACACCCUACGUGAUGUCGUUGACUCACGCUCACCUUCAACACUCUUGACGGCAUCUGCCGAGCCCGCAGCCCUCACGCAACUCCACUCGCGGACGUGGCUCGUUCACUGGUCUCUCUUUGUCUACUUCAAUCACCCGCAGGGUCGGACACUCCUCCUCGAGACUUUCCUCUCGCCCACUUACCUUAAUACUAUCCAAACCUCUUGUCCUUGGAUCCUUCGAUACAUAGCCACUGCUGCCAUCCUCUCUCGCAAGUCGGCUGCAGGCGGGACUGCUGCUUCUUCGCGUGUACGACACUCGAUACGGGAGAUCGUCAAAGUCAUCCAGACGGAAGAAUACCAAUAUCAAGAUCCCGUUACAUCUUUCCUGAAAGAGCUUUAUGUCGAGUUCGACUUUGAGGCCGCACAGCGUGAGCUAACGCUUGCUGACCGUGUGGUCGGAGAUGAUUUCUUCCUUGGGGAGUUCAGAGAGGAGUUCCUCGAUAACGCACGCUACCUGAUUAGCGAGGCAUAUUGCCGUAUACACCAACGUAUCGAUAUUGGUGAUCUUUCGGAACGUCUUAAUCUCUCACGAGAUGAAGGCGAGAAAUGGAUCGUCAACCUCAUCCGUGAAACCCGUAUGGGCGCGGAAGCGAAGAUCGACCUAGAAAAGAAUGUCAUCGAGAUCCACCGUUCAGCAUUGCCAGUAUAUCAAUCAGUUAUUGAGAAGACGCGUGGUUUAGGCGUUCCGGACGCAAGCUUUGGGUACUGGUAUGCUUCACAGCCCGCAGCAGCCACAACAGAGCCAGCCACAGCCCGCUGUUGUUGAGGGAGCUUCUGUGAUCAGAGUUUAUCUGUACUUGUACGUGCUUCAUGGGUAGUAUUUUGCUACUUGAAAACGACCGCUAUGAUCUUCUUUGGCGAUAUCUCACGGAUUGUAGAAUAUACAUCUGUCUUCUUACUUCCCCU